AAGGUUAGCAUUUCUCUCUCUCUAACUUUCUUUCUCUCUCUAAAAAUCAUUCGCAAUGGCUUCUUCAUCACUCACUGCCACCUCCGCCUUCCGCCGCCUUGCCACCACCUUUCAGAGGCCGCGCCUUCUAAAUCCACUGAUCACUCACUUCACUCUAAACCCUAAGGUUUUCAAUCAGCCGAGGAGAUUUAUAUCUACAAGUAUAGCGAUGGCAGCCAAAGAGUCGGCGGAUCUAAACCCAGGACUCCACACUUCUGUGGAUGAGGCCACCAAAGGCUAUUUCUUGCAGCAAACUAUGCUUCGAGUGAAGGACCCCAAAGUCAGUCUUGAUUUCUACUCUCGGAUAAUGGGCAUGUCGUUGCUUAAACGGUUGGAUUUUGAAGAUCUUAAGUUUACCUUAUACUUUUUGGGAUAUGAGGAAACAUCAUCGGCUCCUAGUGAAGCCACUGAGCGCACUGCUUGGACUUUUGGACACAAAGCUCUUCUUGAGCUUACUCAUAACUGGGGUACUGAAUCUGAUCCCGAUUUCAAAGGCUAUCAUAACGGGAACUCAGAGCCUCGUGGUUUUGGACACAUAGGUGUCACCGUCGAUGAUGUACACAAGGCGUGCAAAAGAUUCGAAAGUUUAGGUGUUGAAUUUGUGAAGAAACCCGAUGAUGGAAAGAUAAAGGACAUAGCAUUUAUCAAGGACCCCGAUGGCUACUGGAUUGAAAUCUUUGACACUACAAACAUAGCCAAAACAACUGCUCAUGCUGCUGUUUAAUCUUAUUUUCGAAAAUUGAAAUGUUUCGGUGUUUUUUUUUAAAUAAAAUAAUAUUUGGUCUCUUUCUUUCUGAAUUGUCGGACAAUAUUAAGUUACAUAAACAAAACUGAAAUGAUUUGUGCAGGCCAAAAUUAAA